GGCGCCUCGUCUCACAUAAACAAACUGUCGGCGACUCUGUUGUUGAUUCCUGCUCCUGGCGACUCUCACUGCCGGGCGACUCACUAUUUGGCGACUUUUACUGCUUGGAGACUCACUAAUUAAAUCCUCUCACUGCCUAGCGACUCACCAGUAGGCUGUAGUCACGAGAGGAGGAACAUUGGGGUGCACAGCGCCUGGUAUAGAGGAAGAGGACCAUGAGUGGUGGAGUCUAUGGUGGAGAUGAGGUGGGAGCGCUGGUGUUUGAUCCCGGCCACUCUUCACUGCGGGUUGGCUACGCCGGUGAAGAUUCUCCCAAAUUUGAUAUUCCAUCGUGGGUUGGAGUUGUUGAGGACAUAGACACCAACGAAAAGAAAUAUUAUGUGGAUACUGUUGCUCUCCAUGUUCCCCGCAAAGGAAGUGAGGUGGUGAACUACAUGAAGGAAGGCAUGAUUGAGGAUUGGGACACCUUUGAGAAAGUUUUGGACUACUCCUAUGAGAAGUGCAUCAAGAGUGAAUCCCAGUACCAUCCCAUCCUCUUCUCAGAAGCCACGUGGAAUGCAAGAGGCAAGAGAGAGCGACUUUGUGAGCUUGUAUUUGAGAAGUAUCAGGUACCUGCAUUUUUCCUGGUGAAGUCUGCCGUUCUUGCUGCUUUUGCAAAUGGCAGAUCAACUGGCCUGGUCUUGGAUUCUGGUGCUACUCACACUUCUGCAAUUCCCGUUCAUGAUGGCUAUGUUCUCCAGCAUGCAAUUGUCAAGUCCCCACUCGGUGGAGACUUCCUUCUGAACCAGGCAAAUAACUUCCUUAAAGAAAAUCAAGUGGAUAUAAUCCCUACCUACAUGAUCGCUGACAAGCAAUUAGUUAAGGAAGGUGAUCGGCCCAAGUGGAUAAGGAAGAAUAAUUUACCCGAGGUGACGGCCUCGUGGCACAACUACAUGAAGCGGGAAGUAGUUCGUGACUUUCAACAGACGAUGCUUCACUGCUCCGAAGCUCCUUAUGAUGAAGAAACCAUCACCGGCAUCCCCACAGAACCAUACGAGUUUCCCUCUGGCUAUAAUAAUGAAUAUGGAACUGAACGCUACAGAAUCACAGAGAGCCUAUUCGAUCCCAGUUACAUCAAGGGUGUUGGGUCAACAAUGCUUGGCAUGUCACACGUUGUUUCAACAAGUAUUGGCCUGUGUGAUAUUGACCUUCGACCGAGUCUCUACUCUGGUGUGAUCGUCACGGGAGGAAACUCGCUCCUCAAUGGUUAUGUUGAUCGUCUUAAUCGGGACCUGUCGAGCCGAACGCCGCCUAAUAUGAGGUUCAAGUUGAUUUCGGCCACAGGAACGACGGAAAGAAGAUUUGGAUCUUGGAUUGGAGGUUCAAUUCUUGCUUCAUUGGGAUCUUUCCAACAGAUGUGGAUCAGCAAGCAGGAGUAUGAAGAAUCGGGGAAGUCUCAGGUUGAUCGAAAAUGUCCGUGAAACUUAUUAUACAGGUUAAUGUAUAAUUACUUUUAUACAUUAGACAUUUUAUACUUUUGGUUUUAGAAUACCAAAAGCUUGUGUAAUAGCAGUGCUGUAUAUGUUGCAUGCCAUAGUAGUAUUCUCUUUUUUUAACAUAAUUGAAAUUUACAUGAAUAGGUUUCAUAAAAUAAAAUUGAUUAAAAGUAUCCUUGCCGUCUUGGUGUAAAAUAAUAGCAACACCGGUUUGCAAACAUAAUAAAAGAUUUUAAAUUGUAGUUAGCAGUGAUAAAGGAUUAGCCCAGAGAGAUUGAUACACCUAUCUUUAAAGAAAAAUUGCUAUAUAGUUUAAAACUUUUCAAGUUAAAACCCGUGUGUGUGUUAACUCGAUCGGUUGUUGGUGAAUAAGAACUCUAUUAUAUGUAGCACUAAUACUGCUUGCUUCCUGGCUUACCAUAAAUGCUAUUCUCUCUCUCUGCAAACCUGUUAGUUCAUCUUCCUUUACCCCUGCCGAACUAAUCUGUCAUGAGAUUAAUGGUUGGGAAGAGAGGUGCCUAGAUGGCAGUGAUGGCAAGUUAGGUACAGUGCACAGUACAUGUAUGUGAUUAAUGCUCAAGAAAUGGCAUUAGUGGAGCCAUUUUUAUGGGAAGUGAAUGACUAUUUCCCCAACAGUUGAUAUGGAGUACCUUACUCCCGGUCUGUGAACAACUAAUUACUUUGUACAUGAUUUUUGCUAGCGUGAUGAUGCUAGGUAUCCCGUGAUCCUGCCGUGUGUGUGUGGAAGUGCGUAUGAAAGGCAGUCACUCUGAUUACCUCUGGGUGUUCAACAUUUCUAUUGCAUUUUUGUCAUAAAAGUGAAAAAUAUUGUAAAGGUGAUGCCAUUAUCAUCAAUGGAUAAUAAAAUUAUUUGGUAUAA